UUUCUUAUCCCAAAAACAAUAUAAAAAAUCAAACCUUUUAAAUUUUUACUCUAAAAUAAUCAAAAACAAUCUUCAAAAAUCCACAAAUUAAAUUCACCAAUGGCAACAUCAAUUACAAAGCCACCACAAAACCCACUUCAAGAUCGUGUAGCAAUAGUCACCGGCUCAUCCAGAGGCAUCGGCAAAGACAUAGCUCUCCAUUUAGCUUCACUGGGAGCUAAGCUUGUUAUAAACUACACUUCAAACCAGGAUCAAGCUAAUCUUGUGGCUCAAGAAAUUAAUAAUUUUUAUUAUGGUUCUGAUUAUGAUUCUUCUAACCCAAGAGCCAUUUCUGUUCAGGCUAAUGUCUCUGAUCCAAUCCAUGUCAAGUUUUUAUUUGAUGAGGCUGAAAGAGUUUUUGGGGGUCCUGUUCAUAUCUUUGUUAACUCUGCUGGUGUUUUGAACUCUGAGUAUCCUUCUGUCGCUGACACUUCUGUGGAGGAUUUUGAUUAUACUUUCAGUGUCAACACUAAAGGUGCAUUCUUAUGCUGCAAAGAGGCAGCAAAUCGGCUGAAACGAGGUGGUGGAGGGCGAAUAAUAGUGUUAUCAUCAUCUCAGGUGGGUGCAUUGAGGCCAGGAUUCGGGGCAUAUGCAGCUUCGAAAGCAGCAGUAGAGGCGAUUGUAAAGAUACUAGCGAAAGAGCUCAAAGGAACCGGGAUCACUGCAAAUUGCGUUGCACCAGGUCCUAUUGCAACAGAGAUGUAUUUUGCUGGGAAAACUGAGGAGCAAAUUCAGAGAAACAUAGAAGAGUGUCCGCUAGGCCGGCUUGGCAAGCCUGAAGAUGUUUCCCCUAUUGUUGGGUUCUUGGCUACUGAUGGCAGUGAGUGGGUUAAUGGACAGGUAAUUCGUGCCAAUGGCGGGUAUGUAUAGGUCUUGCAGAUGCAUCAUACGAGUUCGAAAGAUUGAUAGUUUCAACGAAGUUAAAGUGGUAAACAUUGGUACUUGGUUUUGCAGCGUCAUUUCGUGGAAUAUAAGUAGUUGAUUAUUUGUGCUGAAUGAACCUUCGAAUGUGAAUUUGUAGAAUGAAUGCCUGCAUUUGCUUGCUGGAAGGGUAUGAUUUGGAUUGUUAGGACAAAUUCUAGUAACAUUGCCAGAAAACUGAAGCUUUCUUGAUUAGUAUAAUCUAUGUUGCACGAAAAUGUGGAAACACGAAUCUCGUCAAGGGGAAGUUCCAUAAAUGUUUUGAGAGACGGAAACGAAAUGUAGGAUUCGAUAAGUUUCCGUGCAAUACAGAGUAUAAUGAAUUAGUUAGAGUCCAAACUCCAGAUCAAUUGUGUUAAUCAUAUGUAUGGUCCCCUGGAUAUUCUUGCUUGCUUGGCAAGGUUCAAAGAUAUAUUUUGUGGUUUCACUUA